UAUUUGGGGGGAAAUAUUUAUUGGUGGAAAUAAAUUCACUUCUCUUCUCCACCUGUGUCCAUUGUCUUUCUUAUCUGUUCUAAAAUUCUCUGUUUGGUGGAAAUGAAUUCCAUUCCUUUCUCCAUUGUUACAUACAUACCUUCAAAUCAGCCAUUGUUACUCUGUACCAAAACUUCCCAAACAACAGAUCCUAUUCCACAUUUUAUCAAAUCCUCAAUACUCUCGUCUUCUUCGAAAUCUGUGAAUAAACUCGCAGAAACAAUUAGUCCAUUGCCUUCUUCGUUCAGUAGAAGAGAAACCCUAAGUGCUUGCGGAUUGGGUUUUUCGGCGGUUUUGUUCGAGGCUCUUUUGCAGCCACAGUCGAAUAUUGAAGCAAUUGCUGAAGAAGCUGCAGCUACGGAAUGUGAAUUCACAGUUACACCUUCAGGUCUUGCUUAUUGUGAUAAAGCUGUAGGUUAUGGACCUGAAGCUGUUAAAGGACAAUUGAUCAAGGCACAUUAUGUAGGUAAACUGGAAAAUGGGAAGGUCUUCGAUAGCAGCUACAAUCGUGGAAAGCCUCUUACAUUUCGCGUUGGUGUUGGCGAGGUUAUUAAAGGUUGGGAUCAGGGAAUUCUAGGAGGUGAUGGUUUUCCUCCAAUGCUAACUGGAGGAAAGCGUAAACUGAAGAUUCCUCCAGAACUUGGAUAUGGGAUAAGAGGAGCUGGCUGCAGAGGAGGUACGUGCAUUAUUCCUCCAGACUCAGUUCUACUGUUCGAUGUGGAGUUUGUUGGCAAGGCUUAGGUCUCAGCAAUGGAGGUAUAAUUUUUUUUCCAUGAAGCUAUUCAUAAAAUGAUUGAUCAAAGGGCAAAGCUUUUGUAAGCUUAAUACUUUAGAGAUUUUUGCAGUACAUACCGUGACCUGCUUGUAUAUUUUUGGUUAGAUUUACAAAAAUUACAAUUAUUUCGUACAGAAUGUUACAAACUAUAUAAAGUAAUAUUGCGAGGAACCAGCAAGGAUUGUGGUGAAGUGGUAAGUAUUCAUUCAUCCUUAACUAAUACCAUCAAGUUCAAGUCCCCUAGGGUAAAAAAGGUCGUUUUUUUAGGAAGUGUUUUACCCAAUGGGACUUUCCGGCGCGAAUCCAAAGGUACGAAAGUCGCCUUUGUUGUUGAGCAUUUUACUCCAAUAUAGAAUUUCCUGGCACAAAUUCAAAUUUAGUAAUCAAACUAAAGGGCUCUCCCUAUAACACUGCACACACAACUCAUAAGCCAAGUAAGCUAAACACCUGAUUAAUGAGUGUUACUCGAAAUAAUUAAGUCAGAUGAGUACUGAUAUCAUGAAAUAAAAUAAAUUUAUCCCUCUGUGCA